AUGAGCAACUGGGACCCGAUGAAUUACCUGAACGAGGAGCCGACCCCCCAGUGCCUGCUCAGAGUCAAGAAGGACAUCGCCGAAUUCAACGCCCAGCCUCCACCAAGACUCUUCAUCUCGCCCGAAGAGAGUGACGUUACCCAAGUCCACGUUCUCAUGCUCGGAGCGCCCGGUUCCCCGUACGAAGGUGGCUUCUUCCAGUUCUUCCUCAAGUUCCCGCCUAACUACCCGCUCAGCCCUCCCCGCGUACGGUUCCUUACCACGGACGGAGGCCGAGUUAGCUUUCACUUACACCUCUACAACUGCGGGAAGGUCUGCGUGUCCACUCUAGGCACCGAUGGUGGACCGUGUGACUGGAGCCCCGCCCAGUCACUGUCGAGCACGCUGGUCUCUAUUCAGUCGUUGGUGAGCGACAAUAUGUAUUCCGUCGACUACGUCCAGUAUGAAACGAUCCGCGUGGCCGUGUGCGACCAAGUGGAUGCUGCUCUCAAGGAGGACGCCAAAUGCCCGCCAGCCUUCAGGAAGGUCAUACUCGACUCGUUCCUGGAAUCAUACAGCAAGUACGAAGAUGCCAUCAAGACGCGGCUCCAGACGGGCUCGAAGCUGAUCAGUACCGCGCAGUACGAGAAGUUGCUAACACGACUGCAAAGCCUCAAGGAGAAGGUAGAGCAAAAGAAAGAGGCCGAAGCUGCUGCGGCGGCGGCUGCUGCUGAGAACGAAAACUAG